AUGAGAGACUCAAAGCUGGGGAUGUGCGGAGAAGUCAAGGCCACUUCUCCAGGAGGCUGGUGUGCGGGCGGGAGUGGGGAGGUGUGCAGAUCAGGGAAUGUGGUUUCUAGGAAAAGCGGGUGCCUGAGUUGGCCGGAGGGGAAGAAGGCCCCAAGUCCCAGGUGUCUAACAUUCCUGUCUGUGGCUCAGAGUUCACCUCUGUUGGUGGCCUGGCACAGAUGGAGACCCCAGGAGGCCCCGCGUCCGGCCAGCAGAGCCCCCUCCUGCCGGGGGCUCCCAGGAGCAGCAGCUGUCUCCCAUUCCAGCUCCCCGGGGUUAAAGGCAGGGAGGAGUGCUUGCAGGGAGCUGUCUCCUCCCCACCUUGGCGGGGUCAGCUGGGCCCUGAGGCUCUCCUGUGACUGCUCCCUGCUUUGUGACCUGUGUCAAGGGCCAGUUAACCCAGUGCCCUCCCUAGACCUGACUGCAGUAACUUUUACACUCGAAACCGUUCAACUGCGUCCCAUCCCUAGGACAGAAGCACAACGGUUCUCAACCUGCCCUGGGGCUAAGGCCCCCAGCUGUGGCCACCCUGCCCUGCCCUGCCCACGGCCCUCUGACGGAGCUCCGGAAGCUGGAAGCAGAGCGCGGGGCAGGAGGGAAGUCGGCACGUCCUUCCCCUCUCCGUCCAUCUGUCCAUCUGCACACGGCGAGGGUCAGAGGCUGCGCACAGGAGCGCUCAAGCCGCCGCCUUCCGAAACUCACUCAGCUCUUGGGGGGCCAGGCCUGGAGCUUGCAGGGCCCUUGUUACUGUGGUGGUGGAGCUGGACGACAAUAAAGUCCGUGAGAAGCAAGCAGAGAGGGCUGCGGCGUCUGCCUCAUCCAGGGGGGGCGGGCGGCGGGCUUGCACAGGACACCCGUCCUCGACCAGACAGUCCGCCCCCAUCCCCGGCUACUCCACCUUCCACUGAACAGGAGACAACUGGGGACCUUUCUUGGCUGUCGGGAGAAGUGUGA